UUUGAAACAUAUCUCAGAGCCCAGCCUAACCGUUGAAAACCUAGGGUUUGCAAUUUCAAAUUUCUCAACCAUGGCGGACAUUGUUGAUCCCAGAAACAUGGUUAUGGAUCCAGAGACGGAGUUCCUAGCUUCUAAACAAGAAACUGGUAACGAAUGGGAACUCUUCAAAGAGAACGUCAGACCAUUGAAGAGAGGACGCAACGUAAAACUCCUCAAUGAUUCCCUCAAAUCCAAUUCGGAUCUUCAAAUCAGAAACUCUCUCAUUGACAAUCGAAGAAAGCUGAUUAAAGCCAUUGAUGAGUAUGAAGGUGAAGAUCCUCUACAACCAUGGAUUGAUUGUAUCAAGUGGGUACAAGAUGCUUUUCCUCCAGGUGGAGACUGCUCAGGAUUGGUUGUUAUCCUUGAACAAUGUGUGCGAACCUUUUGGCAUGAAGAACAAUAUAAGAACGAUCUUCGUUAUCUUAAAGUGUGGUUGGAGUAUGCUGGAUAUUGUGAUGAUGCCGAAGUUGUUUAUAGUUUCCUUGAUACAAAUAAAAUUGGCGAGAUACAUUCUAUCUUUUACAUAUCAUAUGCUACCCACAUGGAGUCAAAGAAUAAGAUCAAAACUGCAAAUGACAUAUACGAGUGUGGGAUUGCAAGGAAUGCUGAACCGAUUGAGAAGCUAAAGUCAGCUUACAAGAAGUUUUUUGUUCGUUCAAUGAGUAGACCAAAAGCCAUUGAAGAGGAAUCAAUGGACACUCGUCAACCUACCAGAAGCUUUGGAACCAUCUUGGCUCGAGCAGACAGUGGAAAUCGCCCUCUGGAAAGUUCUGAAAUAGCUAGAAAAAGACAAAAACAAGAAGGGGCUGCUGCAUCAUUCAAGGUUUAUAAAGAGACAACGGGUAGGAGCUCAAUGCAGCAGCAAUCGGAUUCAUCAAAGCCGGAGUUGAGAAACUGGAAUACUCUUGGAGGAAGAGCUGAUAGAAAUAAAGAGAAUAAUGCGAUUCCUGCCAAGUGGACAUCACAUAAGAUUCCACAGAGACCUGUUGCUAGAACUGCUGCCCCUGCCCCUGCCCCUGCCCCUGCCCCUGCCCUGCCUUGUAUUGAAGUUUUUGUGGAUGAAGAAUGCUUAGGACCUCAAAAUGUGAGAAAUGAAGGUGGAGGCGCUUCUGCACUGCAGCUCAGGGACAAGGAUGGUAAAGACCUCAAAAAGGAAACAGAGAUAUUGAGGGAAAACCCGUUAUGCCAUUUUCCCCCAAGCAGUAUGAGAUGAUGAUUUGUCGGAUUAUAAUAUAAACUGAUGUUUGAAAAUCUCUUAAUGGGUAGACUUUUUGUCUAUGAAGCUUGAUUACUUACUGUUGGUUUAAUCAUGGAAAAAAGAGUUGUAAUGUGGUUUCAUAUUGUAAAAGGUUUGUAAGACAUUGC